AUGGAGAAGGAAAGGGGACAUUACAGGGCUUACGAGGGCUUCAAGCCCGCGAACAACGGCAAUACGUCGUCGUUGAAGAGGUCUGCGACGGCGACGGUGGACCGCUCGAAAACGCACCCGUCGAGGCAAGUGAGGUGCCUUUGCUUCGGCGGGGUGCCGGACAAGGCGAGCCACCACUCGUUUCUCAAGGGCUGCGUUAUAAACCUCGGCAUAUGCGCCCUCCUCGUGGCCUACACCCUGCUGGGCAGCUUCAUCUUCCUUGCCAUCGAGGGCGGCACGGACGACGCCGGGAUCCCGCCACAGCAGAGGACGCUGGCCGCCACAAUGGCGGGGAAUCAGGCCGGUGGCAGGCGGAAUACCACAGCUUGGUUGAAACAGGUCGGGCACGAGGCAAGGGCGAAGACGGUGGAGAAUAUAUGGAUAAUCACGGAGAGUUUGAAUAUCCUUUACCGGGAGAAUUGGACGAGGUUGGCCGCCCAGGAAAUCGCGCGUUUCCAGGAUCAAUUGGUGAAAAGGAUCACGGAGGACGUGAUCGCGACCCAAAACGGGGGGACGCAAGCAGGCGGCUCGGCCACGGAUCCCGUCACGGAACGACGGAUCCCGGAAUACGAGUGGAACUUCGCCAAGGCGUUUCUGUACUCUCUCACCGUGUUGACGACCAUCGGUUGCGGUAGCAUCGCGCCAAAAUCCACAUGGGGUAAGAUCGCAACGACGGGCUACGCCAGUCUCGGCAUCCCCUUAACCUUGGUCUAUUUAUCGAGCGCCGGAGGUCUUUUAUCCAGGUGCGCGAGAGGUGUGUUCACGCGUGCUCUUUGCUGCUGCCUUUGUUCAAAUUGCGGCUAUUGUUGCUACGACGAAAGACGGAUGGAGGAAAAAGAAAGACGGAUGAGAAAGAAAAGGCAGCAAGAGGAGUUGGCGCAGCAGCAACAGCAAUUGCAGUUGCAGGAACCGUUUUACGUCCGCGCGAACGCGUCAACUUUCACGAGCACAGUGGAGAUGAAGAGCAGCCCGAAGGACGAGGUGUCGAGCCUCGGUUCUGGCGACAGGCCCAACGUUACUAUACUCGCGCCGAUCAGCAUUUGCCUUGGUGCGAUGCUUUGCUACAUCGUAGCGGGCGCGUUUACUCUGCACAAGUUAGACGGCUGGUCCUUUGUGGAUGCGAGUUACUUCUGCUUCAUGAGCCUGAGCACGAUCGGGUUCGGUGAUAUGGUUCCCGGUUCCUAUCCCCGCCACACCCUUUACGAAUCGAGGAACGUGACCAUUUGGUUCUGCUCCUUCUACAUAAUGUCUGGGAUGGCGCUUACGGCGAUGUGCUUCAACAUUCUCCACGACGAGAUCGUUCACAGGCUUAGCCAUCAGACGGAGAAACAGGAAACGGUGAAGGCAAGCCCGAGCGUGGACGAGCUCUCCACCGAUCCCCUCACCCUUACCUCGUGACAAUUUCCGUCUGGCAACUUGUGCCACAGGAACGGCACCGACGAAAACGAUAUAUGCGGAACGGAACCACCGACCAGUUUGUUCGCCCACGAGAACGAGAUCAAUAUCCUCAAGGACACUUUUAAUCAGGUGGACGUAACUAGGGACUGCAAGCCGAUUUUGAAACUCGAGGAUCACGUCCCGCCGAUUCCUGGUGUUUACAUGUUGCCAAAGGUCGACGAGGAGACCGAGGAAAACACAGAAAUGUGAAACGAAAUUUUUCUCUUCGUCUCUCGGACGAGCGGAUCUUUUCUUGAUAAGAAGUAACCAAAGUAAACCUGUCCAACAGGUUUGUUCCAAAGAACCAACACGUUUUGCGUUUCCAGUUGGGAAACGCGAACGUGUUUCGAAUCGAUAGCUACUCUUCAUACAUCGUACAUAUAUAUAUAUAUAUAUUAUAAAUAGAAAAUUAAUCAUCGCAGUGAGAUAGUGUACGCUUCGACGAAUCGUGGACGAAAUUGUGGACGAAAAAAUAUUUUUUGAUUCGAUUCACGAUUAACAAUAAUUGAUUUUUAAAAAAUCGACGAAUUUUAUGUGAUUUUAUAUAUUUUUUCUUUUCUUUUUUUCUUUUUCUUUUUUUUUUUUUUUCUGUGAACAAGAACCUAUGGGAAUUCUUCGGGAUCUAAAAACGAGUUUCGUAUAAAUAUAUUCGUUCGAAGAAUAGAUGGUAUCGUUUAGCGAUCGAUGGACUGUCUUCGCGUAGAGAAGUUACCGACAGAUCUAACCGAUGCAAACAAGUAUUUAUGCGUACGAGGUACGACAUAAAUGAGACAUACUUUCGUCGUAUGCGAGGGAUGCAUCAACUUCAAAGAAAGUACGCUACUAUGUUCCGUUGGAACGUCGUUUCCAAUACAUUAACGAAACGAAUAAAUAUUUUAUAUUAUGUUUGA